AUGUUCAAACAAGACAAGGUCUAUGGUCACAGUGAUGCUAUAUACGACCCGGUGCCAAAAGAAGACCAGCUAUUCAGCAUCGAGUUCCUUGAGAUUGCCCCGACGCCUAUUCUCUCUGACCGCUUCUUUUUCGCCUUCCUUCGCGGCGAUCUACCUGAAUCUAAAAAGAAGGAGCUAGCACUUCCUGAUGAGGGCCUCAUCGAUGCGACCCUCUCUUUGAGCGGCUCUGUCGUUUACGCGGAUGGUAGCUACGAUGACUCAGAGUCCCUUAUAUUGCCGUUUAAGACUGCGACAUUCAAUGACUGGACCCACCUCACCAUUCGCGAUGCCUGUGGAACUCAGGUUGACUACUUAUGUAGUAGCGGCCGCAGCGACAUAUUACUAGAUUUCCAGAUUCCUUCAAUGUUUGUGAGGAGCGGUAUGUGGACUUUCAAUGUUGACGCGAGACUUGGAGAUAAAGACAAUACGUGUCUAUUUGCUAUAUCGGUGGCGCAAUGGUUAGACGGGGGGCUUCGGUGA